ACAUCAAAUAACUUUACUUUGUAAUGACACUUUUCUGUCUUAGACAGCGUUUGAGAAGAACUUUUUUCGCUCAACCUCAUGGUUCAAGGAAGUUUGUUUGUCUACAAAUAACUGUACAAGUUUAGUAGUCUUAUCACUGAUAGAGUGCUUUUAAAUUUUCUUGUUAAUAAAUAAGAAAGAUCAUUUUUAUUUAAAAUAAUUUUGUCGAAUUUACUGUGAGCUAUAGUGGUGAAUGCAAUCUAUCAUAUUAAAACAUUAAGCAAUGAAUAUUAGCAAUUUUUUUUUUUUUAAAGUGAUACAAACAUGAAAUGGUAUUAAAGGAAUUUACCCAAAAAUGAAAAUUGGCUAAAACUUUACCAGCCCACAGGAUUUCAAGAGGUAUGUGAAUUCGUUUCUUAACCGGAACGGCGUUAUUACCUAUUAUGGACUUUAUUUUGUCUUGAAGCAAUGGUUUAAAGUUAAAACCCUUAAUGAUGGAUUUGUCUAUUACAAACAGCUUUUACAUGACGAGGUUAAACGAUGGACUGGAAAUUUGUGAAUUACUUGUGGAUUAUCGUGAUGUUUUUAUCAGCUGUUUGGGCUCUCAUUCUGACGGCACCCAUUCACUGCAGAUGAUCCAUUGUCUGAGCCCAUUCGGAAGGUUACUGUUCAAAGUCAGCAUGGAUCAUCCAGGAGGACACCUUGCUGUGGUUCUGCUCGUACUUGUUCUGGUUUCUAUGUCCACCGAAAACAACAUUAUCAGGUGGUGCACAGUAUCUGAUGCCGAAGAGCAAAAGUGUUUGGAUCUAGCUGGGAAUGCCACAGCCAGGAACAUCCGCGGACAACUCCUGUGCGUGAGGGGCCAAAGUCCCACUGACUGCAUGAAGCAAAUAAAGAAUGGCACUGCAGAUGCCUCUACUAUGUAUGCUGAUGAGAUCUACACAGCUGGGUUUUGCUAUGGCUUAGAUGUGGCUGUGGGAGAGUCUUAUAACGGUGUGGAUGGCAUUAAUUAUUACGUGGUUGCACUGGCACGGACAUCAUCCAGCGAUCUGUCAAUGCUGGAGAUGCACGAACGCAGUUCUUGUCACCCAGGGAUGCGGACUACAGUGGGCUGGACCGUCCCCAUUGGCUUCUUGGUCAACACAUCGCAGAUCAGCGUGGAUGAGCAGUGCAACUUUCCCCAUGCGGUAGGAGAUUUCUUUGGCUACAGCUGUGUCCCAGGAGUGAAGGACCCAGAACAUGAUCCCAAAGGAAACAACCCAAGGAACCUGUGUGAGGCCUGCAUUGGGGAUGAGAAUGACCGCCACAUCUGCGCCAACAACCCUCGGGAACGGCAUUUCGGGGAGGCUGGAGCUCUUAGGUGUGUGGCAGAGAAUCUCGGAGAUGUUGCUUUUGUUAAGCACACUACAGUCUUCGACAACAUGGAGGGCAAGAACCAGGAGUCCUGGGCGCUGGACCUGGAGCUGGAAGACUUGAAGCUCUUGUGUCCUGACGGGAGAGAAGCUAACCUGUUCCAACAUGAGAGCUGCCACCUGGCUGUCGUGCCAACCAAUGCUGUGGUAGUGCGUUUGGAGGACAAAUGCCGCGUUUACAAGUUCUUGGAACGUGUGCAGAAUGCAUUUGCUAAUGCCACUGAAGGAUUCUCUCUGUUCAGCUCGGUGAAUUAUGGGCAGCCUGAUGUGCUGUUCAGCGAUUCCACCAAAAAGCUGCUGCGUGUUAUGGGGACCUACACUUCCUGGUUGGGGCCCAGUUACACCACCAUACUGAAGGCUUUUGAGUGUGAAGGUUUGUGUUGAUCUGAUGAGGAUAGAGGAAACUAUAGAUCUCCCCUCCAUCCUUCUCACACUAACCCUAAAGCACUCUGUGUAAAGUGUGUUGUUCUUGUAUGUGGGCUGAACGCCAGCUCUCACCUGUGCUUUGUAGUACUGCUAUUACUGUUCUGUUCUCACAGUGUUUGUAUGGCUUCAUAUAUCACAUUUACUUGAUAUUACACCUCUUUGAGUCUUUGCCAAGUUCCUGCCAUGUGAAAAAUACAAAAAUAAACACGAAAAGAUUUAAACUUCUAUGCAAAAAAGGACUGCAGGGGAACACACCACAAAUCAUGAAGGAAUUCUGCCUUAGUAAAUCCAAGUAAAUUCAUGACAAACCAACCGAGGGAUGCAAAGGUUCCUGAGUACAAAAUACACACUCUGCAUUCAGAGCCAAAGCAUACUUUAUGCAAGUACAUGAACGCAAAUGCUUUUAGUUUUGUGCUUUUUUUUCUCUCAGAUCAACUAAUGUUACAUACCUGAAUAAUAUUACAUCUGUUUUAAUGGCACAGACAUUGAAAUUUAACAGUCGUCCCUUUGGAUACUGGGAAUUAUUAUUACCACAAAAAUAAAUUUCUUAGUAUUUUUUUCCUUUUUCCAUAACAAAAAUAUCUAACAACUCCCAAAACAAAUUGCAAAUCACCUGAAAAGGAAAAUUACUUAAGAUAUUCAGUCUUGUUUUCUGGAACAAUUAUCAAAAUUAAGUGUGUUUAAUCUUAAAACAAGGAAAAUAUCUGUCAGCAGGAUAAGAAAAAUAAAGUUAAUUCAAAGAGAAGACAAGUUUAUUUUUCUUAAACAAUUGGCAGAUAUUAAUUCUUGUUUUAAGCAUAAACUCACUUCAUUUUUUUUUUUCUUUUUUCAGAAACAGAAUCUCAAGUUAUUUAUUGUAUCUUGAUUUUGGAAAGUUUAGAUUUGUACUGGAAAACAAGACAAAAAUAAUAAGUAAGAAAAUCUUUUUUUUUUUGCAGUGUACGCAUUCAUUCGCAUCUGAGUUUGCGUACUUGCACAUAGUAUGUUUCUGACUUUAGCUUGAUCAAAGAUUUUAACUUGAAAAUCUCAUAACUAGAGGUGUGUAGAUAUCAAGGAAUUAAAAAUGAGAAGAUACAAAUAAAUUAAAAAUAUAUAACGAUAAACAAAGCAACACACAAUACGACAUAAAACGUUUAAAGGCGGACAGACUUAUGGUUGGUUGUUUCAUAACAGGUGCUUUAAAGGUGCUGUUUC